GCAACCGCUGGCAGCAGGACAUGGAGCUGAUCCUACGAGGCUGCAAGGUCCACGUGAACACCUCGUGGGUUUGGCAGGUUCCCUCUGCAGCCGCCUACUUCAUUCGCCCAUCGAUGGUUCCCGUUGCUCAGUCGCUCUUCGCUGCCUACGACCAGUUCGUGUCGAAACUGCCGAACUACGGAGCUCAAGUAUUGCAGAGGCUGAUGCCAAAAAAGGACAGCUUUUGGAAAGCUUCGGUGCUGCCCUACGACAGCACAGAUGGCCGACACUUGCACCGGCACAUGAAGAAAGGAGAGGCGGACCGGGUGAAGGUGUACAAGGGCGAGGUUGCCACGGACGAUGCGGUCUACAACUUUCCCAAAGCCAUGAAUCAGUCGAAGUAUC